AUGGAAGCUCUUGGCGUCCUUAUAACCUACCCCAUGGAUUCAUACCUCGAGAAAGAGCUGGACAAGCGAUUCAAGCUCUUCAGGCUCUGGCAAUCUACCUCCCCCAACAGUAUUGAUUUCCUCAAGAAAAACUCCCAAUCGAUCCAUGCCAUUGUCGGAAACUCAAACAUUGCCGCCGACGCCGAUAUCAUCGACGCUCUCCCCAACCUCGAGAUCGUCUCCUGCUGCAGCGUCGGAUUGGACAAGGUCGAUUUGGUGAAGUGUAGGGAGAAAGGGAUUAGGGUCACGAACACGCCCGAUGUGCUGACCGACGAUGUCGCGGACAUCGCGAUAGGGUUGAUCUUGGCGACGUUGAGGAAGAUCUGCGCGUCUGAUCGGUUUGUUAGGGAGGGGAAGUGGAAGGACAAGGGGAAUUUCGAGUUGACUACAAAGGUUCUUAAUGGGUCCCAUCAGAUCGAUGCUCUGAUCACUAAACAUGAUCUCUGA